UUGAAUGGAGCAAAAACUUUCAUCUUCUCGCUUUCUUCUGUAAUCUCUCUGCAAAAUAAUUGGUUUUCACAUUUUAUACGAAAUCCCGCUUUCUUUUUCAUACGGAUCCUUUCCAUGCCCUUUCUUUCACCGCUGGCCCGUCGCUAGGUGAGGCAGCGCCGCCCAAGUCCGCCGCGCCUCCGCCUUCAUUCGUCAUUCGCCACUCAGCAGUCACAAACAGCCGCCGGAGUCUACGAACACACACAGCUUACAUACUCACUAGCAGAAAGAAACAAACUUGACACAAGCAUGGUGAAGAAAUCCCAGAACUGAAGCAACAACAAGAGAAUCAAAUACUCCCAGAAACCUAGUUCGUUAUUCGGUAGAGCAAAACAAUGACUAUACACUCGGUUAUUAUCCAAAAGCUCCUGAGCACGAACGGCCAUUUGGGCCGCCGCGUCGCCGCCCACCACUUCAAGGUCUACACCUACGGCUCGCGCAACGCCAUGACCAUUAUCGACUCCGACAAGACCCUGAUCUGUCUCCGGAACGCCUGCCAGUUUAUCGGCAAUUUGGUCCGCCACAAGGGCCGGUUCCUGUUCGUCAACACCAACAACCUGUUCGACGAAAUUAUCGACCAAAUGACGAAGCGAAUUGGCUGCGGCAAAGACACCUCGUGGCGGCUCGGCGGCUUCUUGACCAACAGCGGCAGCCCCAAGAAGUUUCGCUCCCGGAACAAGAAGCUUCAUCUCGGCGCCACCCAGCCUCCGGACUGUGUCGUGAUCAUGGAUACUCAGAGGAAGUCAUCGGUAAUAUAUGAAGCGGAUAAGCUGCAGAUUCCGAUUGUGGGUUUGGUGGAUUCGAGCAUGCCCUGGGACAUAUACAAGCGCAUCACCUACCCGGUGCCGGCUAAUGAUUCGGUACAGUUUGUGUAUUUGUUCUGUAAUUUGAUCACCAAGACUUUUCUGCUGGAGCAGAAAAGGUUUGCGGCCGCAAUGGGAGCUGCUGCGAGAGAAGAGGAAGUGACUACUCAACAAUUGGACCAAUCAAAACCUGAAACUGAAGUUGAACCAGAGAAAAUCAAGCAGAAGACCAGUAGCAUGGAAAAUGAAAUCUUUGUUAUUCCUUAUGAAAGCCUAGCUAUCACUCCUGAUGGAGGCUGUUUUGACAUUUACAAUGCAGAUCCCUUGGACACCAAGAAGUUCCUGGACAAGCUUGUUGUCUUAAAGCUCAACAGUGGCUUGGGGACAGAAAUAGGUUUUGAUGGUCCCAAGUCUGUGAUUGAAAUUUGCAAUGGACAAACGUUUCUAGACUUGAUUGUUAAUCAGAUUGAGUCUAUCAAUUCUAAGCAUGAAUGCAAUAUUCCCUUGAUCUUGUUGAACUCAAUCAGGACACAUGAUGCCACGCUGAAGGUGGUGGAGAAAUAUUCCAAGAGAAAUAUUGAUAUUAAUACUCUUUGUGAGAGACAAAGUCACCCAGUUAACAAACAGGACAGCAAGAAUGAACUGGACUUUGAUCACCAAGAGCUGUUCCUUUCCUUGAAGAAUAGUGGUACACUUGAUGCAUUAUUAUUGCAGGGUAAGGAGUAUAUCCUUGUGGUGAAAUCAGAUAACUUUGGAGCAGUGAUUGACUCAAAGAUUCUAAAUCAUCUUAUCCAGAACAGGAUUCAAUACUGUAUGGAGGUGAUUCCCAACAUUUCCUCUGAUUUUGAAGGGAGCAUCCUUCAUUCCCAUGAAGGGGAGUUUCAGCUCUCAGAUAUUGCACAGAUGCCUCAGAAACAUUCUCUGGAGAAGUUCAAACUUCUUGAUACUGGUAACUUGUGGAUGAAUCUGAAGGCUGUGAAAAGGCUUUUUGAAACUGAUGCACUUACUGUGGAAAGUUAUCCAGUUUCAAAGAAAGUGAGUGAUGAUGAAAUUCUUUUGCAAGAUAGACGUGCUACUUCAGCAAUGCGGUUCUUUCAUCGAACCAUUGGUGUCAAUGUCCCGCAAUCUCGUUUCCAACCACUGAUGGCAACGUCAGAUUUACUGCUUGUCCAGUCGGAUCUAUAUACCUAUGCUGAGGGCAUUUUAACCCGAAACAAUGCUAGAGUAAAACCUGCCAAUCCUUCUAUUGAAUUAGGACGUGAAUUUGAGAAGCUUAGUAACUUUCGGAGUCGUUUCAAGUCAAUUCCUAGCAUUAUUGAGCUUGAUAGCUUGAAGGUGACGGGUGAUGUUUGGUUUGGGGCCGGCAUAACUCUUAAGGGAAAAGUCACCAUCACUGCUAAACAAGGGAUGAAACUAGAAAUUCCUGAUGGAGUGGUACUCGAAAAUAAGGAUGUUACUGAGCCUGGUGAUAUAUGAGAAGGAUUUUUGAAACUUUUUCUUGUAUACUAGCAAGAGAAUCAUUGGAUGCUUGUAAUGCAUUUAGACAAGGUGGCUGAUUCAAUUCUUGUCUACUAAAUUUUGUAUCUAAAUUAUCAAUUAGGCACAUUCUUUUUGUAUGGAAUUAGGACAUUGCUUUAUAGAGAAACCUCCUAAUAAACUUCUGUUAUGUGCCUCAUAACAUGCCUUUUGAAGGCUAUUGCUGUUUGGAGAGGUGGAAUUUUUUGCUUGUGUUGAUGGAUGCAAGAAUACGGAAGAUCUGUGCUGUCUUACGUUAUCUUUCUGGUUGAUGAAUAAUAUGUUUUUCUCAAUUACUUGGAUGAACAAUAUAUAAUUUUUAUAUAUAGUGAUUCAGAAGUUGAUGC